AUGUUUCUGUUUGUGUAUGCGCGAAGUGCUCUCGAGGAGCGAUUAGCGGACGUGGAGCGCCAAGCGGAGGAGGAGCGGCAGAAGCUGUCCCAACAGCUGGCCGGGGACUUGACUUUUCAGGAACGAUCUGCGCAGUUUGAAGAGGCUCACGAUGAGAUCGCGCGUACGGAGGAGCGAUGGCAGGCAAUGAAGGAAGAUGCUGUGCGCGAAGCCUGGGAAGGAGGCAACGCCCAACAGAGGCGCUUGGCUGCUGCUUUCCGCGCUGCUCGCGAGAUCAACAACAUCAAGGAGACGGAGCUCAAAGCAGAGCAUGACACCCUGGCCAAGCGCUUCGCGAGCCGUGAGAGCCGCGAGGAAGAUGUCAAGCAGAUUACUGAUCAGCGCCGGCGCUUGCAGGAAGCCCAGCUUCACCUCUACAACAAAGACCGUGACCUGAAGGAAAUCGCGCUUGAGCUUCAAAACCGCGAUGACUGCGACCGCAUCUUCGGGUCUGCAGAGCGACGUCGACCGAAGCCGCCCUCCGGGAUGGGCCAAGUGGCCGUGGGAAAGAAGCUGGGCGAAGCGCAGCAUUGGGGCGAACGUGACCGGAAGCGCAAGCAAACUUGCAACGGCCGUCCCGAGACUCCGAACACGUACCAGCAGCCAGUGCUGCUGGGCGCAACCCACUGA